AUGAAAAAGCUCUUAGUAAUUUUCGUCGCAACUCUUUUUCUUCUCCUCAUCAGCGGCGAAAACCUUCACUCAUCGGAGACCGCAGAUUCAACAGCUGCAAAUCAUGAAGCUGCCAGGCAAAGCAGUUGGAACACGACAAAAGAAGAACUGCUUAAGAAUGGCGCAGCGAGAGACAUCCGAAUAAAACGACAGUGGAUUUAUGAAGAAUCUACCCGAUGUGCAAGAUCAAUAAGGCAGAAGAGGCAGUACUAUAACCCGUACAUGGGAGGAGGAAUCGGUGGUUUUGGAGGAUUCGGAGGAGGAUGUUGUUGCUGUUGCUGUUGCUGCUGUGGAGGUGGAGGAUUUGGUUUUGGCAAAAAGUAA